UGAAGGCGGCGGCGGCGGCGGCAUGGCGACUUGGAAGCGGGACAGCCGGCUCACGGCGCUGCAGCGGCUGGGCUGCGCCGGGCUGGCCGGAGCCGCGAGCCACAGCCUGACGGCGCCGCUGGAGGUGCUCACGGUCCUGGCCCAGGUGGGCACGCCGCAUGCCCGCCGGGGGCGGCUCUGGCGGGCGGGGCGCAGCCUGUGCCAGGCCGAGGGCCUCGGAGCCCUGUGGAAGGGCAACCUCGCCGCCUGCUUGCGCCUCUUCCCCUGCAGCGCCCUCCAGCUCGCCUCCUACCGCAGGUUUGUCAUGCUGUUUGUGGAUGAUUUGGGCCACAUUUCCCACCGGAGUGCCAUUGUGGCAGGGAGCCUGGCCGGGAUGGUGGCCACCAUUGCAACUUACCCAACAGAGGUUGUCAAGACGCGACUCAUUGUACAGAACCGAUUGGAGCCCCCCUACAAAGGAAUUGUUCAUGCUUUGUAUAUGAUCUAUCAUCAGGAAGGAGUCGCUGCACUCUAUCGCGGUGCUUCACUAUCAAUACUAGGGGCUGUGCCGUUUUCCGUUGGCUCUUUCCUUGUUUACACCCAUCUGGAUAAACUCUGGAGCGACCCCAGCCUCCACUUCACUCCAGUGCAGAGCUUCAUCAAUGGCUGCCUGGCUGCUGGCGUUGCACAGUCUCUUUCCUUCCCGUUCGAAACGAUCAAGAGGAAAAUGCAGGCGCAGAGCCCCUGCCUCCCCGACCACGGAGGAGUCGACGUCCAUUUUGCAGGCAUGCUGGAGUGCUUCAAGCAGACGGUGAAGACAAAGGGCUGGGUUGCCCUGUGGAACGGGCUCAUGGCCAACUUACUCAGGAUUGUACCCUAUUUUGGGGUCAUGUUCAGCACUUUUGAAUUCUGCAAGCGUGUCUGCCUGUAUCAAAAUGGUUACAUUGACUCCCCUCUAAGCUACAAGCUAACACCAGGCGUGGACCAGAGUUUACAGCCCCAAGAAUUGCAAGAAUUAAAGCUCCUUGGAAGAAGAAACUUUUAAGCCUGGGAAGCAUUUUCUGCAAAGCAAUACUGGAGCAUCACACUGUAAAAUGGAUACUAGGUCUUCCUGCCGGCUUAAUCGGGCAAACUGAAAUGAAGACAUUGACCUUGAGUUGUGCGGCUUCUUGCUUGAAAAUCCAGCAGGCACAAUUGGAUGGCCCAUGAAGCUCAGCACCCAUUGGUUGUGGCUUGUUAGGGCUAAAUGCACCUGCCAUCCCAGGCUCAGGCCUGCUGUGUGUGUGCAGCAGAAUGAGUUGGUGGGGUGGAUUAUACCACUUCAGACUGAAGGUGGGUGUAUGUGCAAUAUUUGAUCGCUCUCCUUUGGACCAAACUUCCUGCAAGUUAAAAGAAAACACAUGCAGCUACAAGAAUGGGGGACGGUUGUUCUCCAGAUGUUCUUGGACUGCAACUCCUAUCAGCCUUAGGCCCUUGCAGUCCACCAACAUCUGGAGGGCUAUCCAUUCCCCAUCUCUUAUCUAGCAAAGUAGGGAGAAAGAUUCCAUCACAGCCCACUUCCUGCUCUGCUGUGUUUCUGCCUGCACAGAGUGUUCUGAUGUAGGGGAGCUUUUGGCUGUGCCGUCUGAAAUGAUGCUGUCCAUUCUACCACCCCCAUUCUGCUGUAGGUGCAGCCCGGGUCCUAAAGACGGAGCAAAAACAGGUUCCUUGAACCUCAGAUGAACCACCUGGUCUACAGGAGACGUGCUUGCAGCAGUCAGCAUGUGGAACCACAAGGCCUGCAGGCCUGCCAUGGAGUGGCGAUGUGAGUGCCACAAAACAGACACAAGGUGCCUGCAGAGGAGAAAAACGCCUCCCAUCCAUGUUGUGUGGGGGGGUGGGGGGAUGGUAAUGCCGGAAUUGGGUAAUUUACUUGUGUGCACUGAAACACAGAACAGUUAUUUAAAAGAAACACAUGCAAAAGAUAAUAAAAAAUCCCAUGAAAACUGAAGAGGACUUGUUUGAUGCUGCACAUCUAUGGGAAUAUAAAUGACCACAUCUUAAAAAUGGGCUUUACAAGGUGUGUGUUGGGGCUUGAAUCCAUAGCUGGGGAGCUUUUCUGGGAGAGAGGAGGGUGAGGAGGCAGGCUGGAGAACUUCUGGACGGCUUCUGUCCUUUGAUCUGAUUUGCCCCUGCCUAGAGCUGACCACCU